GCCGGACUGGCGCGGGGAGCUGUCACUCCGGUGACGUCACGGCGGGAUGAGCGGGCGGGCGGAGGUUAAAGUGAAAAUACCUUUUGGAAACAAAUACCUUGAUGCUAUCUUCUCUGUCCCAGAGAAGAAACCAACAUAUGGAGUGAUUCUUACUCAUGGAGCUGGAGGAGACAUGAAUUUCCCUCACUUGGUGUCCUUGGCAGCCUAUCUUGCAUCCCAUGGAGUUCUGUGCCUGCGGUUUACUUGUAAAGGCCUUAAUGUUGCCUACAGGGCUAAGGCUUUCAAAGCAGUUGUGGAAUACUUAAAACUUUGUGAUGAUUAUAAACUUUCUGGUGUUUUCCUUGCAGGCCGUUCCAUGGGCUCACGAGCUGCUGCCUCUGUGAUACGUCAGCUGAGCCAGGGUGAUGAUGAUGAUGAUGAUGAUGAUGGCUUCAUUCAAGGUCUCGUGUGUUUAUCUUACCCAUUGCAUCGACCAAAACUGCAGUCCAAGCUCCGGGAUGAGGAUUUGUUACUGAUCACAUGUCCAGUGCUGUUUGUCUCGGGAUCAGCAGAUGAGAUGUGUGAAAAACAAUUGCUAGAAGGUGUGGUGAGCAAAAUGAAAGCCCCUAAAAAAAUCCAUUGGAUUGAUAAAGCAAACCAUGGGAUGGCAGUCAAAGGACGAACAGCAGAUGAUGUCAUGGAAGAAGUAAAUGCACAGGUUUUUUCUUGGCUUAGAGAGAAUGUUCAACUGCAGCAAAAAUAAUUUGCAGUGUUCAAGCAGUAUCUUCAUUUAGUUUUUCCUAAAUGUGGCAAAUAAGGGGUUUGUUAUUUUUUAGAGGCAUAUUUUUUUAAAAACUGAUGUUUUCAGAGGUCUAAGUGCAAAUGCAAACAAAGCUUUGUAUGAAUGAAAUGAAAAUGCAAACUAAUAAAGAACUUCCAGAAGUACAGAAAAUAUA